AUGGAGAGAAUCACAGCUCCUUAUAAGUUGGACAAGGAGUCAGAUCAAGUAAUCGCUACAAGGAACAAUGUGAUAAAUAAUAUCAUAGCUAUUCAUACAGUUCAGAGUCCUGCAAAAAAUAUUACAGAAUUUGUCCUCUUGGACUUCUCUCAGGAUCCUGAUGUGCAAAAUGCAUUAUUUGUCAUGUUUUUACUCACAUACUUGGUGACAAUGGUGGGGAACCUGCUCAUUGUGGUGACUAUUAUUGCCAGCCCUUCCUUGGGCUCCCCAGUUUACUUCUUCCUUUCCUGUCUGUCAUUUAUAGAUGCUGCAUAUUCCACUACCAUUUCUCCCAAACUGAUUGUACAGUUACUCAUUGAUAAGAAGACCAUUUCCUUCCAAGCUUGCAUGGCCCAGCUAUUUGUAGAACACAUGUUUGGUGGUACUGAAAUCUUCCUUCUGGUAGGAAUGGCCUAUGAUCGCUAUGUGGCCAUCUGUAAGCCACUGCACUAUUUGACCAUCAUGAAUCGACAGGUUCGCAUCCUUCUGUUUGUGUUGGCUGUGACAGGAGGUUUUGUGCAUUCUAUGUUUCAAAUUGCUGUUGUGUACAGUCUCCCCUUCUGUGGCCCCAAUGUCAUUGACCACUUUGUCUGUGACAUGUACCCAUUAUUGAAACUGGCAUGCACUGACACCUACUUUAUAGGCCUCACUGUUGUUGUCAGUGGUGAAGCAAUGUGUAUGGUCAUCUUCACCCUUCUACUGAUAUCCUAUAGAAUCAUCCUAAACUCUCUUAAAACUUACAGUCAGGAAGGGAGGCAUAAAGCCCUGUCUACCCGAAGCUCCCACAUCACCUUGAUUGUCCUCUUUUUUGUUCCCUGUAUUUUCAUGUAUGUUAGACCUGUUUCAAACUUUCCUAUUGAUAAAUUCAUGACUGUGUUUUAUACAGUUAUCACACCCAUGUUGAAUCCUUUAAUAUACACGUUGAGAAAUUCAGAGAUGAGAAACUCUAUAGAAAAACUCUUGUAUAAAAAGCUAUCUGUAGUUAGAAUAAGAGUGUCCCUCCUCAUGUAG